CAGGAUGGAGGCUCCCCUCCACUCAGCAGCAACGUGACUAUAAAGUUGAUUAUCCAGGACCAGAACGACAACCCUCCUCAGGUUCUGUACCCAGUCCAGACUGGUGGCUCUGUGGUGGCUGAGAUGGUGCCUCGUUCAGCAGAUGUGGGCUAUCUGGUGACUAAAGUGGUGGCUGUUGAUGUGGACUCUGGACAGAAUGCCUGGCUCUCCUAUAAACUGCAGAAAGCCACAGACAGGGCGCUGUUUGAAGUGGGCUUACAGAAUGGAGAAAUCAGAACUAUCCGUCAAGUGACUGAUAAAGAUGCUGUGAAACAAAGACUGACUGUUAUAGUGGAGGACAACGGACAGCCCUCUCGUUCAGCUACAGUCAUUGUUAACGUUGUGGUGGCGGACAGCUUCCCUGAAGUGCUGUCUGAGUUCACUGACUUU